AUGGCUCGCAACCGCAUGUACCCAUGGAGCCUCGCACUGGUGGCGCUCGUUCUGGCCACGUCGUGGAUGUGCUCACUUCAACCAUGCUCCGCUGACACGAUGGUGCCUCAGCCGACCACGACAGCGGCAAGCGCAGACAACGUACCCGUCCGAGCUGCCGCAAGUGUGCCGCUUGGUUCACCGGCUCCCACACCCGCAGCCACACCGGCGACGCCACCGAUGGCCACGGCGUCGAAGAAAAUCCCGCUGCCCGUGCCGGUACCCGAGACACUUCCCGGCGCGGAAGGCCUCGGCUUCGGCGGUGGAUACGGCGGGCAGACGGUGCCCGGCGGCGGCCUCGGUGGGUUCAACGGAGACCAGGGCUUCUUCGGCGGAUGCUGCGGAGGCUUCGGGUACAACGGCGGUCCUGGGUAUAAUAACGGGCCGUUGUUCUUCAACUCGGUGCCCGCAACAAGAUUGAGGCUGAGGAUGGUGGCAACGGGAAACGGCUUCGCGCCUCUGCUGGUGGCUGGUGCUGCAGCCAUGUUUUACGCGUGA